AUGGCUGAUGACGUUAAGGUCAUUAAAGCUGAUGCCUUGCUCAAAGGAGUAAAGCUGACAUUUCAUGGCCAGGGCCCCAGCGAUGCACCUGGCGCAAAAGGCGCCGCCACCGCAUGGGCUCCGGAACCACCCCAUGGGUCCGGCGCCUCGGCGACCAAGCUCGUCUCCUCACCCGCUAAGGGCCCAGCAGCGUCACCUGGCGGCGCGGCGGCAGCGGCGGCUGAUGCGGCCCCGCCCUCGGCCCCCAGCAGCCUGCUUGAGAGCAUAGCAGCUUCGUUGUGGGAUCAGUACCAGUCAAGCGAGUGGCUGGUACCCCCCGGUCAGCCGAACGACUGGCGCUUCACUCUGGCCGUAUGCCGAUCGUGUCUUGUUGCCUGGUUCAACCCCGCCUCCACCCUACCGGCCCGGUUAGCUCUAACGGAGGCCGUGGGCCGGGCGUUUGGAUUGGAUGAGGGGGCGGUGGAGCAGGCAGUGGCGGAGGCGAUCAUCAUCAACAGCCAGGUGCCUAGGCAACUUGCGGCCCAGCACGCUGCUCUGUUGCAUCAAACGUUCUCAGUACGGCAGGGGUCUUUCCCCUCGGAAUCCGAGGGCAGGGCGGCGUACCAAGCGUAUCGAAGGGAGGCCAUGGUUGAAGCCGAGGAGUUGCUUCAGCAGCAGUUGGGAUUACCGGAAUUCAACGGAUUGUUGGUUGUGGAGGUGGUUGGGGCAACUGGACUAAACACUCGUCGCGCCAAGGCUGGAGCCAGGCAGCUGUUGCCGUACGCUGCUGUGUGGCUGAGUGACAAGUCGGGCUCACGGAGGGGUGACAAGCUGUUCACAAAGCGCCCCGUGUGGAUUCAGCAACUGCCGCCGCUAACGGUCACGAACUCGGAGAUGGAGCUUGUCGUACAGGUUCGUUGUACUUCAGAUCGCCGGCCCUCCCGUACGGACCCCUUACUGGGCCGAGUGGCGGUACGACUGGCGGGCCUUAUGCCAGGGCUGACUCAGCAAUUGGACUUGCGACUUUAUGAGCAAGGAAAGACGCAGGGAGCCGGCGGCGGCGUCAGCGGCGGCGGCAGUGGCGUCCGCUCUGACAGUGGCGGAGGUGCUGGAAACGGCCGCUCAAGCAGAGGGAAAAAGGGCUUUAUAUGCGGCUGCUUCGGCGGCGGCGGUAGCGACGAGGAGGGGGACGUAGGCGAGGGCAGAGGACGGGGAGGGCGAGGCGGCGGCGGCAGCGGCGGCAAGCAUUCCGACGCAGCCGUUAGAGCUGCGGCGGCGGCGCCGCCGGCGCCGCCGGCGGUUGCUGGUCGUAUUGGCAGUGUCGAUCAGUUGGAUGAUGGGGACGGGGCAGGAGGCGGGCGUGUCGUGUUCGAUCCCUCCACCUCCGUCACAAUUGGCGCUCAGGACCGCCGGGAGAUGGGACUGCUCACCCUCAUGAUGAGAUAUCUACCAGAGCGCAGGGAACGUGUACGGCAUCUCCCUGCGGUUGGUGUCCGUACGGUGGGCGGAUCCGUACAGCAGCAGGGGCAAGAGCAGCAGCAGUCCGCGGCCAAUAUCACAACCACCAACAACAUCAAUAGCAACUUUUAUAACGGCAGUAACACCACCAAUAAUGCGGCCUCCGCGGCCGCCAAUAUCGAAGAUGCGGAUGCCCCCGCUGCCGGCAGUGGCGGCGGCGGCGGCGGCGGUAGCACCUCCCUGGCCGCUGUGGCGGCUGGUUUACGCGGCCAGCUGGCGGCUCUCCACGCGCCCUCCUCCUCCAGCACAAUGAGGCGGUUGAGGAAGCUUGACGAUCGGUCCGUGGACCCCCUGGCGGUGUUUGACCCCUCCCUGGACUUCCACAUCACGUUUCGGAAGCUGGCAGCCGCACUGCAGGCCCUGGCGGGUGACGUGGGGGGUCCGGGGGCGGCGGCACUGCAGGCGGUGCCUGACCCGGGUAUUCCCCUGACCGCCCUGGGCUCCCUGGGUCAGCAGCUGGAGGACUGGGGGCUGGAGGGGCCGCUGCUGGGCUCCCUGCUGCCCGCAGCCCUGGGUCAUGCGGGGCUGCCACUGCUGCUGCUGUUUGCCAAGCUGUUCAGAGUGCGGCCUGCGACACAACAGGUGGUUGGGUGGGUGGCGUUGCUGGGUGCUAAGCUAGCUGAGGGCGCUUGGCGUCCUGAUAGUCGGGAGUACCUGAGCGCUCUGAGGCGGCUGUGGGAGCCAGUGUUGGUGAUGAACAGCACUGGCCGGCUCACCUUGACGGAGACUGAGGGGCUCACCGGAGUGAAUGCCGCCUUCCUGAAGAGGGCGUGUCCGCUGCUUGGGGAUCACUACGAGGUGAUGCCGGGGGAGCAGGCGCUGAGGACUGCAGCGGAGAGAGCGGCGGAGCAGCUGGAGCAGGACCUCAGGCUGCAGGCGGCCAUCCCUGGACUUCGUUCCCUUACCCGUACGAACUGCCGUAUUCGGUACGACGCUCUGAGUGACGCUCUGGAGACGUUGUUCAUGUACCGACCUGGGAGUGACAAGGCGGCUUCUACGGCACUGUGGGGGUUGGAAGGUGCCGUGAACAGACUCCACACGACCAUGGUCAGAUCAUCCUCACCUCGCUUCCGUGCCGCCACCGCCGCCGCCGCUGGUGGUGACGGCGGCGGCGCAAGCGGCCAACAUCCCGCGUGCAGCGACGAUUCGGACGUGUCGCCGGUCUCUGCCAACAGCAGCGGCGGGAGGCAGGCGAAUCUGCGGCGCCGUUGUUGUACUUCUGGGGGCGAGGGUGGGAGCGACCCGCGGGUCGUUGGGGCUGGCAGCGCCGGCGCCAGCGGUGGCGGUGGACGGCACGGGCGGCCUGACGGCGAUGAGGAGGAAGGCAGCGAUGCCGGCGGCAGCGGCGGCGGGCCGGUGUUGUUUGAUUUUGAGGCGGCCAUGGCGGAGGCCAUGGCGGAGUGGGCGGAGCUGGGAGGCGAGGACCUAAAGCGCCAGCUCAUACGCCUCCUGGAAAGGGACCCCCUCUGGCCACCACCGCCGCCGCCGCCGCCAGCACAUGCUCCGACGAAAGGCCCCCAACCCAACGGCGCCGCCGCCGCUUAUGGGCCCCGCAAUCAGGAACCUCGUACAGGUGGCGGCGGCGUCACCUCGCCGUCGGGCCCUGCCGCCGCCGCUGCCGCUGGUGGCGGAGGCAGCGCCGGUAGUCGUACGGGUCGAGGUUUGGUUUGUAAGGCUCUUUUGGGCAGCGGUGCCGUAGAGAGCGCUGUGGAGCUGUUUAGGAUGCUGCAGGUGUAUUUGGAUGUGAGUGUGGAGAGGGCCCUGGGCGGCGGCGAUGACCGGCCCCGGAUGAUGGGUCCCGCCAUCUGCCGCUCCGUGGUGUCGUGUGUACGGAUCUAUUUGUACCACUGCAUGCGGGCGUGGGAGGAGAUCAUCCUUCUCCGGGCGCUACCCGCGGAUGGGCCCGGGAGUGCCGCCGCCGCCGCCGCCGGCAACCGCCACGGCCGUACAAUCUCUGAUCGUUUCCUGUACGCUAUCGGCGUUACCGGUGCCGCAGCCGCCGCCACCGCGGCGGCAGGGGCAUCACCGCUGCCGCCGCAUGUUGCCGUCGCCGCCGCCGGUGGUGGUGGUGGUGCCGGCAGCGGCGGCCUGUUGGGCUCGUUCGCCGUCACCCUGAACGCCGCAACGGGGCCGGAGCCGCGGUCGGGUGUUAACCCGCCGCCGCAUGGUGGGGCGAAUAGCGGUGGGCUAGCGGCGAUGGCGACGGAGAGAAGUCUGGCGGCAGCGGUGGCAGCGGCGGGUGGUCGGCCACACGCGGCGCCAGUGAUGCCUGAGUACGGCGUGAUGCCGCCGCCGUCGGGAUUGGGUGCGGCAGCGCUGGCGGUAGCGGCGGCGGCCGCGGCCGCUGGUGCUGGCGGCGCGUCGUACGUGUUUGGUAGCGCCUCUCAGCAGCAGCAGCAGCCGGCAGCAGCGGCGGCGGCGGCGGCGGCAGCGGGGCUGGUGUCCCCGGCUAAAAAAGGACACCGUCGGGCCGCCACUGCGACGGACAUCGACACGAUGACAGUGAAGAACAGCGGGCUGCCGUCCAACGCCGCCGCCGGUACGGCCACUCCCGGCGGCACGCCGACGGCCGCCGCUGCCGCCGCCGCUGCGCUGCCCGCCGCCACCGCCAUGGCUCUAGCUUCCGAACCUGGCCUACUGGCGUGCGGUCUCCUGAUCCUGACGCGGAACACCGUCGCUGCGGUGGCGGAGGGGGCGGAGGCGCUUGAGGAAACGCUGGGGCUGCUGGCGGCGCCCAAGACGGCGCCGCCACCCGCGGCACCAACGGCGGCGGCGGCGGUAUCCGCCGCCAACCGGUUCACACCUCAGAAAGGCAUCACCUCGUCGGCGCCGCCGCCAGCGGCGACGGCAGCGGCGACGGCAGCGGCGGCGGCAGCGGCUCCCGACUUCCUGACUCGGGCCAUCACGGAGUUGCGCCACGCUCUGGGUCUGGCUUCGGAGCAAUGUUUGACGUCGUACCAUUUGGCGUUACGAAGUUCGUUGUUGCGGGGUCUCGUUGCAGCGAUGGAUCCAGGGGGGACCCGACCACCCUCGCGCACGGCACUGGAGGGGCUGCUGUCUGCGCUGCACGACGAGCUGAUUCAUGUUGCGGGCGGUGUACGGCAGGUGGCAGUGGCGGGCGCUAUGGUUCACAGUGCCUGGGAGGCGGCGGAGGCGGAUGUGCUGCGGGAGGUCCUCGUGAGCCUGCAGGGCGCAGUAACCGCGUCUGGGCCCCCACCCACCCUCGGAAAUCCCCAUGACAUGUUUGGGGAAGUGGUUUCGGAGCAUCUGGUCCCCAAGGAACGAGCAGCCGCCAACAAGUCCGCUGCAUCAGCCUCUGCGGCAACAGCAGCAUCGUCUUCUACAAAGCUUGCUAAGAACGCCAACACUACCGGGGGUUCCACUGGUGGCGGCGGCGUUGGGGGUGGCGGCGGUGGCGGCCCGUCCCCCCCCUCCCGCGGCUCUCCCCCCGCCCUUCCCCCGGUGCUCCUGACGGCGGACUCCCGCGCGGCCGCUACCGCCUACCCCUCCGCCCUGCUGCAGUGCGUAGCGGCGUCCACCCAGGACCUCAGGGACAUGUACCAGGCACAGAUGAGCUGUCUUCAGAAGCUGGACGAGCCGUAUGCCGCCGACGAAGGGGGUGGGGGUGGGGGCGGCGGGGGGCUGUUGGGAGGAGCGGGGGGCGGGUGGGGGAGGGAGGGGUGUUUGUACGUCACCAGCCGGGUUUUGGGUUUCAGUACGAUGCUGGCGGGCGACCUGAAGGGUAUCACGGACAUCACCCAUCACAUCAAGCUUAAGACGGUUCGGGAGGUGGCGCGAGGAGAGGGGCCCGAUACUCUACUGGUUUUGACGCAUGGUGGUGAUCUGUACCACUUGUACGGCUUUGCUGCUGGGGAGAGGGACCGACUCUGGAGCCUUCUCAACGGAACCCCCACCGUAAGCCGUGUGCCGUACAACCACCCCGGGUUCCCGGCUUUAACCGGCGGCGGCGGCGGCACCGCCAGUCACGGCAACUCCCCGCGUCGCCGCAUGAGCUACGGCGGCGGACAGACGCCGACGGGUGGGGCCAACGGCAGCGCAGGCGGCGGCGGCGUCACACCGUCGGGUGCCGCUACACCUCCGCUGGGCCUCCCAAAACCGCCCUCCCAGCCCGCCAACUUGGCAGCGGCGCUGCUCUCCGCCUUCACGUCCUCUUCCGCAAGCGCGGUCCCUGCCGCUGCCACACCAUCGGGGGCGGCCGCCGCCGCUGCCGCCGCCGCCGGCGUCAGCAGCAAGCUACUGAAGGCGGGGGGGCCCGCUGACACAGCGGCAGUGGCAGCAGCCGCAGCCGCCACUACUGCCAGCGGAGGCGGAGGCGGCGGUGCGUCCGGUCUUGCCGCGGAGAGCGGCGCGCUACCGUUGCUGUCAACUCCUUGCCAUUUGGUGAACGUGUUGCGCAACAAGGAGGGGACACUGCACUUGUAUGCAUCGCGGCUAGAGUUUGUCUGUGUGACCGACCCAGGGGUCAGUCGCUCCAUGCCGCUGGCGGACAUCAACAAUGUCAGCCAGCGGCCUGCCGGCUGGGGAGGCGGCUCUGUGUUGGUGCUUUCCUUGGAAGGGGACAAGGCACCGAUGAUACUUGGCGGCAUUGGCGAUGCGAUGUUGGCUGCGUUGAAGCAAAGCAUUUCGGAGCUAUGCUUCGCUAACGGCUGA